UUUUCGCCCGCGGAAGCAGUAUGGACGCCGACGGCAAGAUGCACCCGACGCGACGAGGACGAGGCGAGAGCAUGAACUACUACGAGCGCAAGCCUUCGGACGCGCCAUGGCUCGGCCGCCGGAAGACCCGGCGCGGCCCGCAGCGGUCUUUGUCGCUGCCCAACAUGCACCUCCAGGGUGAACACCCCGUCGUGCCCAACAUCUUUCCGGACAUGGACGUUCGGUCGCUGCGGCUUGCUGAAGUCAGGAGCUGGCGUUGCCCUUGGAUGACCCACGACGUUGCGGGGCCCGCAUCCUCGGCGCGGUCGGUCGCGCAUGAGCUCGAGCAUGUUAUCGAAGAGAUGCACAGUACCUUUGAGCACGAAGGAGACGUGAGCAAGCCAUUGCCCGUGCUCAAACUGGAUCGAAGCCAGUCCGAGAAGACGCCGUUGACGAUCACGGCGGCGACGCCCACAUCGAGCGCUGCGACAGAGAGCCCCCACACGCCCCCACCGCUCACGCCCAUCAAAGUGCCCGCCAAGCGACCCGUGCUGCGACUAAAGCUCGACGAGAUGCCCACGUCCCAGCAAGCAGAAAAUCGCGCCAACCGCGCGGCGAACCAGCUCUUGGCCAAGCGAGACGCGCUCGAGCGCGAGAGCAGUGCAUUCGGUGUGCACGCUAGCAACAACCACAACCCGACGAGCCACAUGCAGCGCGCCAUGAUGGACCUCAAGCUCGGCUCCAUUGGCUCCAACAGUGAUAGCGACACUUUGUCGCCGCAUGAUGGCGAGGGCGGUCGCUUCAGCCAGGGAAGUGCCUACUCGCCCAAUCACGGUAUGUUUACCACCAAGUCGGUCUCGGUCUCGGAGGCUGGGAUCGCGUCGCCGGACGCAACGCACCUCCAUCUGCAAGAGAACCUUGUGCGGGUGCGUGAAGUGGGCCGCGGUGCGUCGGGGAUCGUCUUCAAGGCCGUGCACAUUCCGACGCUCAAAGUGGUUGCGAUCAAGGACGUGCCCGUCUACGGGAAAGGCCAGCGCCGGCAAAUGGUACGGGAGCUCCACGCGCUGUACGCGAAUCUCGUGCCGCUCACAGAGUCCCGCACCGCCCCCGUGCGCAUGCCGAGUCCGUACAUUGUAUCGUUCUACGAUGCGUUCGUGGACAAGCCCAAGAACUGCAUCUGCCUUGUCAUGGAAUUCAUGGGCGUCGGGUCCCUCCAAGACAUGGUCGUCCACGGUGGGUGCAAGUCCGAGGCGAUUCUGUGUCGCAUUGCGUCCAGCGUCCUUCGCGGUCUCCAGCACAUUCACGCCAACCGCAUGGUCCAUCGCGACAUCAAGCCCCACAACUUGCUGCUCAACCACGCGGGCGACAUCAAGAUCUCGGACUUUGGCCUCGCGCGAACACUCAACGAGCAUGCAAUGCACACCAAGACGUUCGUCGGGACCUUGCUCUACAUGGCGCCCGAGCGCAUCGGCGGCGGCGACUACGGCUGUCCCUCCGACAUUUGGUCGUUUGGCCUCGUCUUACUCUCGGUCGCUCUCGGGCGCUACCCGUUGCCGACGCAAGAUGGCUUUUUCGGUCUCUUUGAUUCGGUGGCCAAUGAAGACUACCUCAAGCUGCCGCCCGACUUGUUUUCGCCGUCGUUUCAAGACUUUCUUGACAAGUGUCUCACGGUCGACCCGGACGAGCGCUGGACCGCUGACCAACUCCUCACGCACCCGUUUGUACAUCAGUUUACACCCGACGCGACGCUCGCCGAGUGGAAGACCUUUGUUGCCGGCAUUUCCGAACCGGGAGAAAAGGCGCUGCAGGACAUUAGCGACGCCGUCAUGCACCGCGUCUACGACCGUGCGGCCAAGUGUUUUGUUCCCCAGUCGGAUUAUGGCAUGUCGAUGCUCACGCCGGAAGCUUCGUCCCACAACGUCGUCUUACCGCCCGUGGAGACGAGCUUACAGCUGGGUCUGGCCAACUAUCUGGAGCUGCCACCGGCGACGGUCUUCCGAGUCUUUGAGCAGAAACGGAUCGAGUACGAAGAGAAGCUGCUCGACGAUCACUUGUGCCAAUCGCCGCAGAGCUGGGCCAAUUCCCCCGGCGACCACCGGCGGCAGUCGCUGUUCGGGUCGUCGACUACGGCCGUCGUCGUCGCCGAGGACGACCCGCGUCCCCACACGCGCCGGCCGUCGUUUUGGAAGCGACUGCACAACAGCGUCAAGAACCUCGGUCGGCGAAAGGACGUGUAAUCGAUGGCUUUAAAGCGUCUUUCGAUGCACAAUGGACGCGCCGUGCUCCUCGUACUCUGCCUUGGUGAUCCACAUGGUCUUGAACGUCGCGAGCGAGGCGAGGAUCGAGCCGCCGAUCCACGUCGAGUACUGGCGCGCGGGCGGCGCCGAGAUGCGAAUCUUGAUGUCCUUGGGCGCCUUCUUGCGGACUUCGGAGAGCAAGCGGUCGCCAAAACCGGGAAAGAGCGUCGAGCCG